AUGAGAAAGCCAGAGCUCGUCGAACUGUUGCAUCAGCACAGAGUCGUCAAUCUACAGUUCGUGUGCACUGAACGCGCUGUAGGUAACUACCUGAGAGGCUGGCGGAUGAAUGUAGACAAGAACAUAGACAUUGGCGACGUCAAGCCUCUGAUCGCUGACAAUGAGGAACUGAACGACCUGGGAAGUCUCAAGUUUAAAAUCACGGCCAUCGUGAGGGUCGACGUCAACCUGACGUGCACCCCCAACAAAAUGGAGAGAUGCAUCUCCUUCUCCUUGAACGGCCUGAGUCAGAGUAUUUCAUCUCACGCCAUCGACCACGAAAACUGGAAUGACACUGAAUUUAAGACAACUCUCCUCGAUGCCUGCAUUGGUGGAGAUUUGGCCCGAGUCAAGUUCAUUUUGUCUGAUGGCCGUGCAGAUAUCAACUCAGUGGGGAAGGACAACAUGACACCAGUGAUGCAUGCAGCAAAGGAGGGACAUAGAGAAGUGUUUGACCUACUUGUCAGGGAAGGUGCCAACCUGUCUUUAUUGGAUGAUGAAGACAAGAACAUUGCUCAUUUGGCCUGUAUUGGGGGAAGUGUUGAAAUCGUCAAAUAUGUCUUCACCCAGAAUGUUGUGGGCAUCAACAGUCGAGAUCUCGACGGAUUGACACCAGCAAUGACUGCAGCUUUAUACAAAAGAAAAGACGUGUUUGAUUUACUUGUGGAAGCAGGAGCAGAUCUGUUAUUGCUGAAUGAGUUCGGAGAAACCAUACUUCAUAGGGCCUGUGAAGGGGUAAUGUGCAGAUAG